AUGAUCUCCCCGGAGCAGCAGCAGCAGCAGCCCAACCAUGUUGUGGCCACCAUCGAGAAUCUGCCGCCGGAGGGCAGCGGCGCCGCGAGUGGCAGAAGCAGCAUCUCCGCCCCCUCUUCUUCCAGCGUGCGCCAGAGGAUCCGAAAAGUGUUUAACAGGGAGCUGCUGCUGUCUAUAGCCCUUGGGCAGGUUCUGUCCCUGCUUAUUUGUGGUAUUGGCUUGACCAGCAAAUAUUUGUCAGAGGAUUUUCAUGCCAACACUCCAGUUUUUCAGAGCUUCCUCAAUUACAUUCUCCUAUUUUUGGUUUAUACUACAACAUUAGCUGUUAGACAAGGAGAAGAAAACUUACUGGCAAUCUUGAAACGACGAUGGUGGAAGUACAUGAUCCUUGGAAUAAUAGAUAUAGAAGCAAAUUACCUGGUAGUUAAAGCUUAUCAAUAUACGACUCUUACUAGUGUACAGCUUCUAGAUUGUUUUGUCAUACCAGUUGUGAUAUUACUUUCUUGGUUCUUCCUACUGGUGCGGUACAAGGCAGUACAUUUCAUCGGCAUUGUGGUCUGUAUUUUGGGAAUGGGCUGUAUGGCAGGAGCAGAUGUCCUUGUUGGAAGACAGCUAGGAGCAGGAGAAAAUAAGCUUAUAGGGGAUCUUCUUGUGCUGGGGGGAGCCACUCUUUAUGGCAUCUCCAACGUUUGUGAAGAGUACAUUGUACGGAAUCUGAGUCGGGUGGAGUUUCUAGGCAUGAUUGGACUCUUUGGUUCCUUCUUCAGUGGAAUUCAGCUUGCCAUAAUGGAACACAAGGAGUUGUUAAAAGUUCCCUGGGAUUGGCAAAUCGGGUUGCUGUAUGUUGGCUUUAGUGCCUGUAUGUUCGGUCUCUACAGCUUCAUGCCUGUAGUUAUCAAGAAAACCAGUGCUACAUCAGUCAACCUCUCCCUACUUACAGCAGACCUGUACAGCCUUUUCUGUGGAUUGUUCCUCUUCCACUACAAGUUUUCAGGACUUUAUCUUCUGUCAUUCUUUACCAUCCUUGUUGGGCUGGUGCUUUACUCCUCCACGUCCACAUAUGUUGCCCAAGAUCCAAGAGUGUACAAGCAGUUCCGAAACCCAUCAGGACCUGUUGUAGACUUGCCAGCUCCCGGGCAGCUGGAACCUUCAGUAACAUACACCAGCCUCGGCCAAGAAAUGGAAGAAGAACCUCAUGUCCGAGUUGCCUAA